GUGUCUCCCACCCGGGUCCCCGGGUCCGCUCCACACUCAGAGCAUAAACUCUCCCCACCCAGCACCAGCACUAUCACCGAACUGCACACCCAGGGAUGGCUCAGGACUCUGGGUCCUUCCCAGCACCUCAGACCCCAGUCCUGGUCCUCUCCGGCUAUGCCCUGCCAAGCACAGCACAGCCCGCCCCUCCUGCCAACCUUCCCUGACCCAGCGCCCCCUCUGCAGGCACCACGCCACCGCCCACUCCGCGAUAACAGAAGCCCGUGACUGUGAGAGGAAUUUACAGCCCUACCUGGUGGCAGUGCUCCAUCACAGCAAGCUCGAGUGCAGGGGUGUCCUGGUGCACCCGGAGUGGGUGCUCACAGCUGCCCACUGUAUGAGCGACAAGUACGACGUGUGGCUCGGCCGCAACAGUCUCUCUGAUGAGGACCAGUGGAUCACAGCCAUGCGCAGCUUUCCGCAUCCCAAAUUUGACAUGAGCCUCCUGACUCCUGAGACGUCCCCUCAGAGUGACUUCAGCCACAACAUCAUGCUGGUCCACCUGAACAAUCCUGCCAAACUCACAGAUACUGUGCGCGUGGUGGACCUUCCCACCGAAGAUCCCAGAGUGACCAGCACCUGCUACACCUCCUCCUGGGGCAGAGGCGACCCAAACAGACCCAAGAGGCCGGACGAUUUGCUGUGCUUGGAACUCAGAGUCCUGCCCAAUGACACAUGUGUCAGAGACCUUGGCAAGACACCAAAAAACACCAUGGUGUGUGCUGGGGACUGGGAAGGCAGCAUGAGCUCGUGCCAGGGUGAUUCAGGGGACCCACUAAUCUGCAAUGCUAUUCUACAAGGCAUCGCACUGUGGAACAAAACUCCAUGUAGCAAGCCCCAUUUCCCCACCUGGUACACCCCAGUGCUGCCAUAUGUGCAGUGGAUCAGGGACACCAUGGCCGCCAACCCCUGAAUGUCCUGCACUGAGCCCUGACAUCAGUAAAAUCAAAUGUUCUUCAACCUCUAGUGUCAUCAUUCCAAACAGGAAGCACCUGGAAGCUUCAGACUCAGGUGGCUGAGGCUAGAGCCCCGCCCCCCCUCCCCCCGCCCUGCUGACCUGUGUCCUGAGGUGUGGAGUCAGGGGAAGGGGGAAAGGACGCUGCAGCAGCAGACAUGUCCCAGUGCUUCUGCAACUGGGCAAGCUUGUCCCCUCCACUCACCACGCCCCACCCCAGGGCACACUGGCAAUUUCUGGUCACCUCCUCUCACACAGUUUCUAUGAAGACACACACAGGAGGUGAGGGUCUGUGUUAUUUGUGUGGUGCAGAGAUGGAGAAGGAGUAGGCUCCCCCUGGGAGAGUAGACAAUGACACCCUGGGGACGCACUGCACAGAGCACUGAGCAGGAGCUGCAGGCGUGACACAGCACACAGCAGGAUGGGCCCUCCAGCCUAGCCCGAGGGACAUGUGGGAACCCGGGAUGAGACCUCUCAUGUCAUACCCGCACAUCCACUAAACUGCAUGCCACAAAUACUCCACUAGAGCACAGUCACGUAAGAGAGCCUCCUGAACACUCUGGGGAGCGGGUGGGACCCGAGUGUGGGGAUGAAACCGAAUACACUAGUUACUGAAGGUGUGAGCCAGUGAAUGAGUGAAUGAGUGAGUGAGUGAAUGAAGAAAAAUCAGUAGGCGGGCCUGCCAUGAACUGCUACCUCAAUAUUCCAUGGACUAAGAAGUACAACUGAGUCAAACCUCUGCUCAUGAAGACUAAGAGAAUGAGGAGGAAACCAUGAUAGACAUAAACAGGCAACGUGACAGACACCAGGCAGAGAGAGGAGAAGCCAUUAAGAGACACUGAGGUACACACCUGCAGCAACCCAGAGGCACUGAAAGAAGAAUGAGGGGGACAGAGAUGCAGAGGGGACAGAGAGAACAACUCUAGAACGGCAGAGGAAACUGUGAGAAGGGCUCUGGGGACUGUGUCCCGGCCCCUACUCUUGCC